UGUACAAGUGUUUACAAAAGUCAACAAAAGUCAGUAAAUUCCCGGAAGUCAAAACUUUGUUUGUAAACUCCUUAUGCAUAAACCAAAACAUUCAAAUUGGCCGAACGGAUACAUGACAUGAAUAAUCAUUACUGCAAUAUGGUGACAUGUCCGCAUAUUAAGCAAUAAUUAGCCACUAACUAAUUGGGCAUUUAAUUUAUCUGCAUUUUCUUCCCCAUAAUCUUAAUUAAGAUGGAGUGCCUACAUUUGCCCAUCUUUCUCCUCUUGAUCAUUACACAUCUCGCUGUAGGACAAUUUGGAGGACCUCCGAGUUAUUAUGCCGAUUACGCCGAUUAUGCCGAUUAUGGACCUGACGACGACAACUACUACAUCAUGCCGCUAGAUCUAGAUGAGGAACCCAUUGCCACUGUUCGACCUCCUGUAACGGAUAAGCCACCAGUGGCCACUGUUAGACCCCCAACAAAUAAUACAGACGGAGACGAUGACGACGACUUUGACGUGGCCGAGCUUGGCCAUCACCUGAUGAGCGCGGGUUUCGCGGCCUACAAUAAAGGACCCGUUUCGAUAUAUCAACUUAUCAAGAAAUACUUGCGAGAGAGCACGGGCGCUGCGAGAUGGCAUCUUAUCAGAUUGUUGAGUAUAAUGGAUGGCGAUGAAGAUUACUAUAUUUCGAAUGAAGAGUUCACCCAUCAGUUCGGCCCGGCCGCGAUUUCUCCGGAAGAAGCGAUUCGAAUAAUCUUCCAGCUUUACGAUCUGGACGGAAAUCAUGGAAUUACAAAGUACGAGUGGGCCCAGGUAUUAAUGCUUUCUUCCGAAAGCGACAUUCCGAUGUUGGACAUCUGGACCCAAACAAGUCAAGAAUUCCAUAAUCGCGACUAUGACGAAGACGGCAUCAUAGGAUUGGACGAAUUCAUACAGUUAGAAUUGUACGAAAUUUCGUAUGCUCUUGGGAAUGAAAUUACACAAAUGGCAGAACAGUAGUGUGGAUAAAAAAUAUUGAGAUUUAAUAAAAUCUGUUAAAAUUGUUGGAACUUUUAAAGUGGAUGCAAUUACACAGCUCAUCCUCAGACUAAUAAUAAUGUCUAAACGAUCAAUACACAUGUAAAAGACCAACGAACUGAACCGCUUCAAAAUAAAUAUAAAUUUUUUGGUUUUUCCAAUAACAAAAGCAAAAGAAGUCCGGUUUUCAAUGGUCUAAAGUCGACGUCCCAAGAACACAAGGACAAGAACGAAAGACGUGUCCGGCGUCACAGGAGAAAGUUACGAUUUUCUUAAACUUGAGGAGCUUUCUCCUCAUGUAAUCUUUUAAUUUCAAACAACUUAUUAUUCACCAGAAAAUAAAUCCCCCUUUUGCAACGUA